AUGGCAGACAAGAUUAAAUUUUACUCCUCUUCUGUCUCUAGUAAUUUAGAGGUAAGUUUGGCGAGAAAUUCUCCUACCUUUUAUUCGAAACUUUAGCGUUAACCAUGUAGGUGUGGUUUGCCUGUAAAGUGAUAAAUUGACGACACACUCAUCUGCAACGACAGAUUCUUUCUUUCGUUCAGGUUACCUGUAGUUAAUAUUUUAUCUCGAAGCAACAGACUAACCGUAAGCUUAUACAACGAUUGUAUUUCCCGGUGGUUAGAAAGUUAUAAGUGAUAUGGAGGGUGCAAAUUCAAAUUGUCUCCAACUAGAAUCUAUGAAAGUGAAUUUAAAUGUAUUUUCUCCUGAGUGCACCUUUAUAGAUUAUAGGUACUCAGUAACGUGUCUCGACGUGACGUUAAUUGGUCUGUGUGAUAAGAAUGGCCUCAGGUGAACGAGAAUAACUGGAGCGUUAAAUAACUGAGGACGCAAGGCGAGGACCUUCGGUCCGCAUAGUCAGUAUAUUUUAUGCAUCAUACAUACGAUUAAUCAACAUCCUCCUUUGUAUAAUGGACAAAUACUUCUUUUUCUUUUUUGCUUCAUGAUAAUCCAUUUAAAAUGUGUAAGGUGCUAGACAUGAUUUAAUAGCUCGUCCAUGAUUACAAUGUUGUAUGGGAAAUAUCUUUUGUGAUUAAGAUAGUGGUAUUAGUUUUCAAUUGAUGUCUACACUAUAUAGAAGCAUGUUCAGGCACAUAAAAAAACAACAACAACAACAACAACAACAACAACAACAACAGCAUUCACAUGAAUUAUUCACAAUUUAAUAUGUUUUCGCUAGAAGUUGAUUUUUUAAGUAAGGUUUCAGGAAGAUUAUUCAUGUAAAUAUUAGACCUCUGAGGAUAACUAAAUGUGAUCAAGUUGACCAUCCGUAUUUUUUUCUCUAUUUAUAUGUACUUGCCAAAUGAACAUUAUUUAGAGAUUUGAUAUCUUGUAUUCACAUACAUAAACUUGCAAUCUUUCAGACAGGGAUGACUGUAGGAUCUCAUUGUUGGUCCCAAGAUAAAAGUAAAAAGUGUUUAGUUGGAGAUGAACUUAAUUCGCUUGUCUCACAAUGGAUUCACCUUGGAAGUUGAUUGCAACAUUUCAACUUGCAAUACUACUAGUCUUCAUCAGGCAGUGAAGUCAAUUUUUUAUGUGUCACCAUUUGUAGCACAUUGGUUUGCUGCUAUUGGUGCAUUUCGAUCCUCAUUAUUAUUCCGAUACAGAAUAUACAGGCAAUUAAUGAGGACCUAUGAGGGAACACCAUCUAACAACUGGAAUAAUAAUGAGGAUUGAAAUGCACCAAUGGCAGCGAGCCAAUGUACUAAAAAUAAUGACACGUAAACUAUCAACCUCAUCACCCAAUGAAAACUAGCAGUAAUGCAGUCGAAACAUCACAAUCAACAUCCAAAGUGAAUCCAUCGUGAGACAAAUGAAUAAAGUUCAUCUCCUAUCUUACACCAUGAUGAACAAUUAAAACUUAUUUUAUUACAGUGUUCAUCUGGUUAUGAGAAGGGGAGACUGAAAUGAGAAUCAAUUAUGACAUAUUCUAAAUAGCAUUUAUGUCACCUAAGCAACAAAAGUUUCAUGCAAUUGGAAGCAAGUGAUGUGAGAGUUAUUGUGUGUGAGUCAGUGUGACCUUGAAAUCUGGAAUUUACAAAUUUUGAUCAAAGAUAUUCUGAAUUUUUUUUGCUGAAAAUACUUCUUUCCUUGCCAUAAUCCAUUCCUUGGAUGUAAAUAGAGGAUUUUUAUCAAAAAUGCAUUUGUGAAUUUUCACUCAGGGGCACCCAGGGAUUCUUGUAUUUGUUUGGCUGUAGCAUAUUGCAUUGUAUGGGCAUGUAUUUAAGGCCUUUUGUUUCCACUACUAUUAACUGAUGCACAUCUGUAUGUACUUUUCUUAAUGGAUUUAUGUCUUAGUUAUAUGGAUUCAAUAUUGCCAUGUACAUAUUAGGUCCAUAACUGAGUACAGAUGGUAUUAAGGUGGGAUAAAUGUUGCCACUGAAUAACACCUUACAAACUUUGAAGUCUGUACAAUGUAUGUGGCCAAACAGGCAUUUGGUUAAAUGUAAUUUGUUGAUUGCAUAGUGUGAUCAUCCACUGGUAGGUGAAGAUAAAGGUACAAGCACCAUUGUUGGUGGGGAUUGGGAUUUUUUAAACAGUCAUCCACAGUCACUAACAAUGGUCCUUUUUUAAGAUUUUCCUCAUCUAGGUAACCACACUGCACAAUCCACUGCUACUACCCUGGUUAGCUAUAACCCAGGAUUAAAAUUUUAAAUUUUCCUUGAUUUCUCUUGAAAUAGAGCAUGUAAAGGGGCCUACAUUUUGAGGGGGUUUUACCUCAGGGUAAGACCAAACUGCAAAGCUACAAAAUUUAAAUAAGGAAUUGUUGGCUAACCUCUGGUUAGCUUAAUCUUGCUUUGAACAACUUGGCUCUGGGUCCUAAAUCCUCUUACAUAAUGUAGAACUCCUUGUUUUGUAGAUAAAAGAGAAGGUAGAAAUUAUGAUGUCAUAUAAAUUUAGUGUUACUAGAAUUUCACAUACUGUUCUUUUUUUUUUUUCUCUUUUCCAAAUAUCAUUUAUUCACAUGACUUUCAAAUAAUAUGGAUUGUGGCUACAAAACUCUCUCUAUAUUAUAUGUUGAAUUUACUCUAGAUUAAGAAACAACAACAAAAGAUUGAAAUGAUCCUGGACAGCAAGAAAAUUGAUUAUGAGAAAAUAGAUAUCAGCAGCUCUGAGAAAUUAAAGAAUGAAAUGAGAGAGAUCAUGGGUGAUCCAAAAGGUGUGCCUCCACAAUUGGCAAAAGGUCAUCAAUACCUUGGGGUAAGUAAAAAGAUGAUGUAUUGCUGCUCCUUGUUAACCCAUCAACUCCCAAGAUCUCCUUACUGUAUGCUUGAAGUUCUUGUGAUGUUGAUUUGGAGAAUUUGGUAUUGGAUCAAUUUAUAAUUCCCUAAUCAAUAUUUUUCCUUAUUCUCAUCGCUUGUCUGUGUGAUAUUGUAUUGAUAUUGUAAGAAUAAAUUCUGUCUUGGUCACUUAUGGGAGUUAAAGGGUUAAAGACACUUGUACUGAUUCUGCAAAUGCAUUCACAUGGGCAGUGUGGCACUUGUGAUCUCAUACAUGUAAGAACACACUUAACAUACAGGAAUUUAGAGCCUGGAAAUUACACUGAAAUCUUUGCAAUUGAAGCUUGUCAUCCAGUCACAGUAGUCAUUUUCUUAUCCACUAGAACAAUUUUCUCUAGAAUAAUUUCAAAUGAUUGGCAAAAUUAUCAAACUUGUGCUUUUGAAUGCAAGUGCACAAUGACAUAGAGUGAAGCGAAAAGUGUGAUGUAGCUCUGUCAGCAAUAAACUAAAACAGACAUUAAUAAAUUACUAGAGGAGAGAUUUAAGACAAGUAAUGUCCACAAUUUUUAUGCCCAUCUUUGUAGGGUUUUGAUGAGUUUGAUGCUGCAGUGGAAAAUGAGCAACUCAUGGAAUUUUUGAAACUAAAGUAA